ACAUCUGUCACUCAUGUGUCAAAAAUUUUGGCGUGACAUAACCUUACUUUUAAAUUUCAAAAUAAUGCAUGAGUUUUACGAGUUUUAGAUAAAUAUUCGGUACAUUAAUAUAAAGCAUCUUAAAAACACUUAGCCAUGAUAUCUGCAACCCGCCUAUUUGUGGGUAACCUCCCAGAGAACACGGAAGACAAAGAUGUUCUCUCAGCAUUCUCUGUUUUUGGUGAAAUAACAAAUAUAGACCUAAAAACUAAAAACGGAGCUGGUAAUGAGAAUAAGAAGUUUGCUUUUGUGUCACUUUCUGCACCCAACGUCGACGUGGAAUCAUGUAUCAAACAUUUUUCAAAUCAAGAUUUUCACGGCAACAGACUCUAUGUAACAAGAGCAAGGGAAAGCUUUCUGGAGAGAUUGCAACGUGAACGAGAAGUGGCACAAAAGAAAGACGAAGAAAAAGUUAAGGUAUCAUCCCAAGAAAAUUUACCUAAAAAGCAACCUAUCAUAAAACUCAGUGAAAAAUUGAAUCCGAGAAAAAGAAAAAUAGAACUUGGUCAUACAAAUGAAGCUUUUUCAAAAACUAGGAAACAAAAAGAAGGCAAGAUACAUACUGAGGCCACCAGUUACAAUGCUGGCGAUACAGUGGAUGGUAAGCAUGCACCUGUAGUUGAAACUGAGGCUGAUAAAAAGAAACAUGAAGCUGAAAAGAAACGGUUAGAAUCUAUGAAAAAGAAGAGACAAGAGUUCAAAGAAAAACAAAUGAUUAUUAAGACAGGUUUAACUGGAGUUGACAAAGUACAUAACAAAAAAGUAAUAUUUUCUGACUUUGAUGAUAUAUCACCUAAACAUGCAAAUGAGAAUGAUGAAAAACAGAAUAGACGAGUAAGUCAAAAGAAUCUGUUUGAUCAUGACGCUGAAGGCUCCGAUGAUGAUAUAGAUUUCAAAGUUAAAAAUCAAUAUGAAGGAAAGAAAGGACAAAAGGUUUUAGAUUUGCAAUCAAGAUACAAAUCUGAUAAACGUUUCACCUUAGAUGAAAGGUUCAUUGAGGAUGAAGAAGAAGGCAACAAUGACGAGCAAAAUUAUGAUAACGAAGAAGUUGAAUUAGGUACAGCAGAUGAGAAGGCUAAACAGAUGAACAUUCUACAAGACGUGCUAGGAGUGACCAUCAGACAGAGAUUUACAGAAACGGAUAACAAAAAGAACAAACCAAAAUUAGGUAUGCUUCGGUUUGAUCCGUCACAACCAGACCAUGCAAAAUUUCUAGCGCCUGUGGAAGCAAAACCACAGCCUACUAAAAAGUCUAAGAAAUCAAAAGAUAAGCAAGCAGAAGACCCUCAAGUACCGCAAGUACCUGAAGGUCCAAAGGUAGAGGUUUCAAAAGAACAGUUUUAUAAAGUCAGUGAUGCAUUGAAAGAAGCUAUUGCACAACCAAGUACAUUUAGUUUAAGGAGUUUGUUUGGCAACAAUGAAGAUGUUGAUGAUGGUCCUAAAGAACAAGAAACAACAUACAUUCCUCUUGAGCCGCCAAAACAGAAGAAAGUAAAAAAUCCUCUAGAUCGAAAAGAAAAGAAUCCAUUCGUUUACGACUCAUCAGAUUCUGAGACUGAGGAACCUGAUAACAAAGAGGUUAAAAAAGCUGUUGAAAUUCCAACAGCACCUAUUGUCGAACCAAAAGCCGUUUGGAAAGAGAACUUGUUCUUUACUGAAUUUGAUAUACGUCUCAAAGAAGGAUUAGCUUUCUUUAGUAAAGCCCCAGAAACGGAAGUUCAAAAGGAAAGAAGAGAAUUAAAGUCUUUAAUGAAGAAACGAAUUUACAACAAGGACAGGAAGAACCAAAUGUUCAAGAAGAAGAUUGGUGGGAGGAAGCAAGCUAUGAAGAAACCUUAUAAAAAUAAAAGCUAAAUAUUAUUAAAUGCCUUAUUAUAGUAUAUUAA